AUGAAAUCAAGUAAUUAUUCAAAGAAAAGCAGCCUUAAUUGGGAUAGAAAUGAAAAAUUUUUCAAAUUUGAUGACGAUGAAUAAGAAGGAGAAGAUGAAGAGUAAGAGCCUCCAUUAUAAUAAAAUGUGGAAGACUCUACAGAUGAAGACGAAAGAGUAUAAUGA